UCACUCGGACCAGAUCCACUGCCAUAGAUCAUGCAGCAUCCCCUCAAAAAGCAGCCUAAGCUCAUACAGCCUCGCCGGCUCAUCCUUCCACAACACCCCGCCAAGCAUCACGCACACCCACGCCGCAAUGAAUAACCCCACCCAAAAGACGACAUGCGUCUUAAGGCAGGCGUACUUGCCCGCCCGACCGACGACGCGCAGACUCUGCCUGCGGGAGCCGCGCGAUGGAGCGACUCCACGGGGCCUGGUUGGUGCAGUGAAGACUGCUCUGGGGACUGGUCUGGGAGCUGGUCUGGGCGGUGGUUGCGCCCGUGGGAAAGGAGUGCUGCUGCGGCUGCUGCUGGUGGUUUUGGUAGUGGCGGUGGUGGCGGUGGGGGUCUCCUCCCGCUUCACCAGCCUGGCGAGGAACUCCUCCCGGCUGAUUUCUUGGACUUCGGGCUGCUUGGGCCGGACAGCGGCGGCGGGCUUCGGCGCCCGGCGGGUCGGGGGUCGCUUUGGCUGUCUGGGAAUUGUGGGCGGAGUGCGGGGGUGGGAAUAGACGCUGCACCUGCGCUGGAACCGGAGUGGGUUGGUUUGAUCGUAGGCGUAUUCGCUCAUGUCUGGUUAGGAGCGGUAAAGGGGGGGGAGUGUAGGGUUUGGAGAGGAUGGGACGGCGUGGAAGAGGAAGGAACGGAGAAGCUUGCGAGUAUAUACUUAUGGGUUUCCGGGGAACAAACGGCGGCGGCGGCGAGGAGGUCUCGGAGCAAGACAUAAAGACCAAGACUACAGGCUGGCUUGCAGUUAUGCCUCAAAGUAUAGUAAAAGGAUCAAUUGCCUCAGGAUUUUCGGAGCUCUUUGUCUUCGAUUCAUGUUCAAUCAACUUCUGUAGGGGCAGUUUCCUUGUCCCAGAGAAGGAUACCCCUCUGUUAAACAAAGUAAAUGCACUUUCGGUGGGAUAAAGAAAUC